AAACUUCGUUUCUUUACAAUAAUGUAUAUGAAGAUAUUGUUAUGUUUGCAGCAGACAAUGGAGGUAUUCUUCACAAAUAUUUAGAAGAAGAAAAGACUGCAAAAAAUUAUAAAGUUUCCUUGGAGAUAUUGGGACAAGAGAAAGGGGAAUUAGAAAGUAAGCUCCAUCUCACGAAAGAAAAACUUGCUCAGACAGAACGUGAGUUGACAGUUACCAAAGAAGAGCAUAAAGCAGAGAAAUCAAAACUAGAGGAAGCAUUUCAAGGGUUGAAAGGCUAUUUUCCAAAUCUUUUUACCAGUACUCCAGCAGGUGCUCCGAACAAGAGUUUUCAAGGCCCUGGAUUAUUUGUACAUGGAACUGGUGUCUCUGGAUCCCGGAGAAAUUAGCUGCGGAUGUGGAAAACUAUCUAUUUGAUGUCGCCCUAUAUAAUUUAGCUAUACACAAAUUUAUUACCAGGGCAUCGUUUGAGUGUGUUCAAUGCAUGAACUCUUGAUAAAAGUUCAUUUAUAAAUAAAAAGGAC